AUGUCCUUAAACUACAUCAAGAACUUCUAUGAGGGAUGCCUCCGGCCUCCAACUGUGAUUGGUCAAUUUCACACCCUGUUUUUUGGCUCUGUGCGCAUGUUCUUCCUGGGUGUUCUGGGAUUUGCGGUUUAUGGGAAUGAGGCCCUUCACUUUAGCUGUGACCCUGACAGAAGGGAGAUCAACCUCUUCUGUUACAAUCAGUUCAGACCUGUAACACCCCAGGUGUUUUGGGCCCUGCAGCUAGUGACGGUUCUUGUUCCAGGGGCUGUGUUUCAUCUGUAUGCCGCCUAUAAAAACAUAAAUCAAGAGGAUAUUCUAGAAAAACCAACAUACACAGUGUUCUACAUCAUUUCUGUACUGUUACGAAUUGUCCUGGAGAUGGCAGCAUUCUGGCUCCAGAGUCGCCUCUUUGGAUUCCUGGUUCAUCCGCUGUACUUCUGUGACGCCAGUUCACUGGAGAAGACAUUUAACUUCACCAAGUGUAUGGUACCGGAGCACUUUGAAAAGACCAUCUUCCUCAGCGCAAUGUACAUUUUCACUAUUAUCACCUUGAUUCUGUGUAUGGCUGAGAUUUUUGAAAUCCUCUGCAGAAGGCUGGGCUAUUUAACAAAUCAAUCACAAUCGUAAACUUGAGAAUAACAGACAAAAGAAUGCAAAUGUAAAAGAUCAUUUUCAUUUAAUCAAAUAUGAUUGCAUGGCAUCCAUCCAGGUGUUUACAUUAUUCUCUACCUCACUGUGAAUAAAACACUGUGGGAUGCAGAAA